AUGGCGCCUAAAAAGAAGGACCAGCAGAAGAUGUCCCUGGGGGACUUUCUGACUGAUUCUGGUUUCGGAGGAGGCUCUUGGGCUGACGAGGUCGAGGAGACCUAUACUGGAACCCAGCAACUGCCCCCAACCGACCGACCUCGCUUCGGUGGCGGUAUGUCUUCCUACCAGGACCGAGGAUACUCGGUUCGCGAGAGCAACUUUCCGCAGACGCUCCCCGACAAGCCCCCCUACACCGCUCACCUUGGCAAUCUCUCGUACGACGCCACGAGCGAGACCGUGACUGAAUUUUUCGAGGGAUGUGACGUCGCUAGUGUCCGUAUCAUCGAAGACCGCGAGCUCCAGCGCCCCAAGGGCUUCGGAUACGUUGAGUUUGCUCAUAUCGAUGGCCUCAAGAAGGCCCUCACUCUUGAUGGCGAGUCAUUCCAAGGACGAAUGAUCAAGAUUAAGAUCGCUGAACCCCCUCGUGGUGGUAGUGGAGACCCCGGCCGAGGUGACUCCAUCCGAGAGCUUGGAAACUGGACACGCAAGGGGCCUCUCGAGGACGCCCCGAACCGUGGUCCGCGCCAGCAGUCCGACUUUGGCGAGCGCCGUGGUUCCCGGGAUCCCGCUGCAGAGAGCAAGCCCGCUCGCGAUUUCACUUGGGAGCGUCGUGGACCCCUCGCACCCCUUCCUCAAGAAGAGAAUGCACCAGAUGCUGGUCGCCAGCGACCUGCCCCUGAAGGCCUUGGCGAACGCAGUGAGUCCUAUAGAGGCAACCGCCGCCAGUCACCUGCCACCUGGGGUGAAGGUCGAUCUGAAGGUUCUCGUCCACCCGCUCGUGAUGGCGCUGAGCGUCCCGAGCGCCCUGAACGCCCUGAACGACCCGAGCGUGCCCCCACUGCUGCCGAGAAGGAUAUGCAGUGGCGUGACCGGAUGCGCCCUGAUGCGGCUGCGAAGUCCCCCGAGCCCUCUGAGGUCGCCUCGCCGACAUCACCGACUGGCCCAGCUCCUGGAAGCCGACCGCGCCUGAACCUCAAAAAGCGAACCGUCGCUGAGGGUGAUGCUCUGUCCCCAAGCGCGGGAUCCGAUUCUAAGGCCAGCCCCUUCGGAGCUGCCCGUCCUAUUGAUACAGCUACUCGCGAGAAGCAGGUCGAAGAGAAACGAGAGCAGCUUCUCCGUGAGAAGCGUGAGGCUGACGAGAAAGCCAAGGAGGAGCGUCGCCUGGCCAAGGAGGCUGCGGCCCAAGAGGCUCAGGAAGCUCAGGAGGCUCAGGAAGCUCAAGAGACUCAGGAGAGCGCUAAGGAGCCUGCAAGCGAAACUCAGGAGGAGAAGAAGGAAGAGGGAGCCGAACCAUCUGAGCAGGACCAGAACGGAGCCAUUAAAGAGACCAAGGUUCCCAUCCGAACUCGCGAGCCUCGUGAUUCCAAGGACGGCCAGACCACCCCCAAGACCAGAGCAUUUGAGACUGGAAGCUGGAGAUCUUCGGGUGAUCGGCCACGAGGAGCCCCUAGCGGACCCCGAGGUGGUGGUCGUGGUGGUUCUGGUCGCGGCCCUCGUCGGGAUGACACCCGUGGACCACGCUCCAACGGCCCUCCCAGCCAGCAGCAAGGCUCAGUUGCCGGCUCCGAACCUGCAACCCCUAUCCAGGAGGACGAUGGUUGGACGACCGUCCCCAAGAAGGGACGCCAGGGAAGACCUCUGGCAUCUUAG